ACAUCCUCCGACCUCAAAGAACACUCUCCGCUUUACAUCAGCUGUCGGACGCUGUUCCAGCGUGGGUUGUUGGUGGUUCCCCAGCGUUUGUUUAUGGAAGAGCAUUGAAGAGCAGCAGUCGGUUCAGAUGGAGUGGAUGUGGACUGACAUCUUCACACACCCACUAUGGGCGUUUUGCACACUGGUCUUGGGUCUUGUGAUGCGGGCACAGUGGAGGUGCUCGUGGGACCCACGAGCCUGUCACGUAGAACUUAAAGGGAAGACAGCCAUCGUCACCGGAGCGAAUACAGGGAUCGGGAAGUUCGUUGCCCUGGACUUUGCCCGUCGUGGUGCCCGCGUGAUCCUCGCUUGCCGCAGCGAGGCGAAGGGGUUGGCGGCCAUGAGGGAGAUCCGCCAGCGCAGCGGGAACGAGGACGUCCACCUGCGCCUGGUGGACACCUCCUCCCUCACCUCCGUCAGAGAGUUCGCCGACAGAAUUCUCCAGGAGGAGAAGCAGCUGCACAUCCUGGUCAACAACGCCGGGGCCUCAGGUCUCCCCAGACAGAUCACCUCAGAUGGGCUGGAGGUGUCCUUUGCCACCAACCACGUGGGGCCAUUCCUGCUCACCAACCUGCUCUUAGAUCUGAUGAAGCACUCUGCUCCAGCCCGCAUUGUGAACGUGUCCUCAGCCAGCCACUGGAGGGGCGCGGUUGACUUCUCGCACUUUCACGGUGACAACCUUACUUAUUUGGUUGCCCGUGUCUACAGCCACACCAAGCUCCACAACAUCAUCUGCACCAAUGAGCUGGCUCGCAGGCUGCAGGGUACAGGUGUGACGGCAAACUCCUUGCACCCAGGCACAGUUAUGACAGAUAUGAUGCGGCACCACAACUGGCUGGUGAGAAUCCUUCUCAGGAUGGCGGGACUUUUCUUCUUCAAGUCUGCCGAGGGAGGGGCGGUGAGCACCAUCUACUGUGCUGUAUCCGAGGAGGUGGAGGGAAUCACAGGGAAGUACUUCGACAGUGACUGCUCUCUGGUCCUCCCCGCCCCCCUUGCCAGAGACCCUGCUCUGGCUGUCAAAGUCUUUGAGUUCUGCGAGAGACUAACAGCCAAGCUUGAGGAAAGGAAGCCAGCUGGAGGAGUCCAGUUGUGAAGUUAUGCUUAAAUUCUGUGGACUGUUAAGUUUGAAUCUUCACUUUUCAUAGAGGUCACCAUCACAAAAUAAGGAUGAUUACAGGUAUAACAUCUUGAUUGUCCUAAAUUAUGUUACAUGACUCCAUAUUAUCCAUACCUUAAUUUUAGUCUAUUCCGUUAGGAUGGUUUGGCCAGAUGCUCUUAUCCAGAGGGACUUGUAUAUCUUACAUUCCUACAGGGUUAUUAGUGUUACCAGUUGGAUAAACCAGUGAAACAAACUGAAGUGAUUUAAUUUUAUUUAUUGACCAAUCAUAACAUGUUAGGGCUGUGUCUAUACCAGUGAAUCCAGGAGGUAUAACAUUAACAGAAGGAGAGAGAACAGUAUUAACCUGCUGAAACACACUUUGGUUAUUGCCUGUAUGGUUCUCAUUGUUUCUAGUGUACAACAGCCCAUCCUCAAUCACUGUGUGUUGGUUUGAGUGUUCCAGCAUAUGAUUACUUUUCCUUAAUCAAGUUCAUUCAUUCAUACAGUGGAGAUAUCCUCAGACCUCAAAAGACAUUCUGUACUAUUUCAACUGCAAGUCUCUUUUCUACAGUCUAAAAAAUGAUUCAUGGGGUUAGUGAGUAAAACUUAAA